AUGUUCAGUACGACUUUCCUCACUUCGCUUGCUUUCCUCAGCGUUGUCAGUACCAGUCCCUUAGACACCCGGACUUCGAGCAAGAAAGGUCCCAAGCCGGACGAGAAAUGCGCUGAGUUUGACUAUGAGAACUUGAGCCUGCGAGAAGUCGGACAGCGAAACACUCUAGACUGGCGCAUGUACCUUUUGCACCGAGAUGAGCCUAUCUCUUUCUGGCACGAUGUACCUUUGUACCCAGAUGCGAGCAAUAAGCAAAUUAUCAACUUUGUUGUCGAGAUCCCAAGGUGGACAGACGGAAAGAUCGAGACAAGCCGCCCAGAAGCUCUGAACCCAAUCUUCCAUGACGACAAGAAUGGCGCACCACGGUACGUCGAGAGCGUCUGGCCGCACAAGGGCUACCCAUUCCUCUAUGGCAGCAUUCCCCAGACAUGGGAGAAUCCCAAUGUGAACCACAGCUUCACAGGUUUCCCGGGAGAUAAGGACCCUAUGGAUCUGUUCGACAUCGGUCAGGACGACGGCUACACUGGUCAGAUCAAGCAAGUGAAGCUUCUGGGUGGCCUUGCUGUCAACGAUGGUGAUGAGACUGACUGGAAAAUGCUGGGCAUCGACGUCAAGGACCCGUUGGCCACAGUUGUCAACACCCACGAGGAUGUCGAGAAGUACCGUCCCGGCACAAUCCAGGCGUUCCGCGAUUGGUUUACAUACUACAAGGUCGCGCGCGGAGAUGAUGUCAUACCUGUAGUGGGAGAAACAUAUCAGAACAUCUCUUUCGUGAUGGACACUGUCGAGGAGAGCCACAAAUAUUGGGAAGACUUGGUUAGCGGAAAGGAGGACCCGGGCAAGAUCUCAACCGUCCAAACGUCUCAGAUUGAUCUGUCAAGCUGGGUACCAUGCAAGGAUGCCAGGAAGGAGCUUGGUAUCCCGAAGAAGAGUUCAAAGCCACAGGAACCUGCUGCGAAGCCGGAGAAGUAUAGUUGGUGGUAUUACCUCAACGCGGAGAGGCAACUUAUUGAGGUCCCCGGAUCAUAA